GCUUUCCGUCUUACCUGUACCUUCAGGUUUGCCCGGUGCUUCCUCUUUUCACUCUACAUCCCUCGUCGGUUGACCCGGCUUUAUUUUAUUCUUCGCCAACUUGAACAUCCGUCAGGUACGGAUUCACCUGUUCUACGCGUUAAUCCGUGUAUAAAUCCGGGAACCCUCUUGCUCCCCCUACCACUUCGACUUUUUCAUUGCAGUUCGUUCUCGAAUUAACAUAUGGCUCACCAUCCCGCCGCGUUUUCAUCCAAGUUCGAGCUGGUCGUUCCAGCUAACCGUCGCCCGCCUCCAAGCGCUUUGCGACUUGUUUCAGGGCCUUUGCCCGCACGCAACCAACCUAAACAUAGCCUCCCAUCUCUCCCUCGUCCAGCAUUCUACCCCAAGGCGCACGUAACUUUCGAGGGCCCCAAACCUCGUAGACGCGUGAGCUCAGGAUUCGGGAUAGAUGCCUUACCUCUUGUCGAAGAGCCAACACCUCCAACUCAGUACUCAAUACCGCCGCUUGUUAUACCGGGGUCUAUGUUUGCAGAGAGAGGAGGUGAUAGUGGAAAUAGUUCGCCUACGUCGGAAGGAAGCGUUCAUUCACGUCCGCCUUCACCACGCACCGACCGGGUUAUUAGAGGUCCUUGGGAUCACUCCAGUGCCAUAAAGGUGCAGAUUGAUGUGGAAUCUCUUUUAGCUCCGCCAAGGCCCGCCGCUAUUAACGUUUCGCUGUUGCGUUAAGGGAUAUGGUUAGGGUAGAAUCGUUAUGGCUGUUAAGUAGGAGUGCAUCGGUGGUUGAUGGACUGUUCAUUGUUGGUUGUACUUAUGGUUCGAAUGAGUACGUUUUACAUAACAUCAGCGACCUGACAGAUGAGCAAUCGGGUUUCGGAAGUGCCAUGAAAAGAAAGCCCCUCUAUUGGUCUGAUAGGUAUGGUGAUUGGUGAUACAUGCAAGGAUACAGUGAGAUUGCGAAGCUAUAGAGAUGGUCCUUGCGAUAGUGAAAGCGUAGAAGAGCGAGAAACUGGUGGAGAGUGAUCGGCGAGCAGAUAGCUGUCGCGAGACCCUGAUGUACUAGGAGAAAUGGCAAGGAAUUUACUUCUUGCCAGACCUGUUAUACAAAUGAGAUCCUAGAC